GUGGGCGCUCUGGAGGGACCGCCCGAGUCCAGCGCAGCAGAGGAGGGGCCUUAAAGGAGAAGAGGGGGAAGUGAGAGGCAAACCUGCAGGGAGGCACCAAGGGGUGGCCGCUGAGCCAGGAGGCAGCCUCAGCCUGACGGUUUACCCAGGAUCAAGCAGGGGGCCCAGGGCCCAGGACUGAGGUGGCUGUCUGUCGGAGAGAUGGCUGAUGCCCAGAACACGUCCCUAAACAGCCCGGGGAACAUGGGGGCUGUGGCAGUGCCUGUGGUCUUCGCCCUCAUCUUCCUGCUGGGCACAGUGGGCAACGGGCUGGUGCUGGCCGUGAUGCUGCGGCCCGGGCCGAGCGUGUGGCGGGAGCCGGGCAGCACGACAGAUCUGUUCAUUCUCAACCUGGCCGUGGCCGACCUCUGCUUCAUCCUGUGCUGCGUGCCUUUCCAGGCCGCCAUCUACACGCUGGACGCCUGGCUCUUUGGGGCCCUCGUCUGCAAGGCCGUGCACCUGCUCAUCUAUCUCACCAUGUAUGCCAGCAGCUUCACGCUGGCCGCCGUCUCAGUGGACAGGUACCUGGCUGUGCGGCACCCGCUGCGCUCGCGGGCUUUGCGCACCCCGCGCAACGCCCGCGCCGCCGUGGGCCUGGUCUGGCUGCUGGCAGCGCUCUUCUCCGCGCCGUAUGUCAGCUACUACGGCACGGUGCGCUACGGCGCGCUCGAGCUCUGCGUGCCCGCCUGGGAGGACGCCCGCCGGCGCGCCCUGGACGUGGCCACCUUCGCCGUCGGCUACCUGCUGCCGGUGGCCGUGGUGAGCCUGGCCUACGCGCGCACACUGCGCUUCCUGUGGGCGGCUGUGGGCCCCGCGGGCGUGGCGGCGGCCGAGGCCAGGCGCAGGGCUACGGGCCGCGCGGGGCGCGCCAUGCUGGCGGUGGCGGCGCUCUACGCGCUCUGCUGGGGUCCGCACCACACGCUCAUCCUCUGCUUCUGGUACGGCCGCUUCGCCUUCAGCCCGGCCACCUACGCCUGUCGCCUGGCCUCGCACUGCCUUGCCUACGCCAACUCCUGCCUCAACCCGCUGGUCUACGCGCUUGCCUCGCGCCACUUCCGCGCACGUCUCCGCCGCCUGUGGCCCUCUGGCCGCCGCCGCCACCACCGCGCCUGCUGCCCCUUUGGCGCCCGCCGCACCGUCCGUCGCAUUCGCCCGGCGUCCUCGGGUCCUGUUGGCCACCCCGGGGACGCCCGGCCUCGCGGGAGGCUGCCGGUGGGUGGCGGCUGGGGCGGGGAGCCCGGGGAGGAGGCUGUUGGCGGCAGGGAGGCUGGACCGGCCCUGUGUGCUGGAGGACCAAAAUAA